ACGCGGAUUGUAGCGCAGGCGGCCAAUCGGAGUGAAAGGGGGCGGGAGCGAAGGGGCGAGGGAGAGGAAAUCCUGAGGAAAUGUGUGGGAUCACGCUCCGUGUUUCCAAGUAGCCGGAUCUUUAUUUACUCUUCGUUUUCUCCACCUGGCGACGGCUCGCGGCGCACGACGACCGUCUCGUCCGACUCCAGGGGUGCGGCACACAGGGGGGGAGAUCCAGGGGGAAGCGGGUUGAAAAAUGUCGAUCCAGUACGAUGUGGAACAGCUGGCUGACAGCUACGGGGUUGCGGACUCGUUCCCCAAAGAUUUCGGCUACGGCGAGGAGGAGGCCGACAUCGAGGACAGCCCGUCGGCGUCCGACAGCAAGCCCCGGAUCCUGCUCAUGGGUCUGCGGAGGAGCGGGAAGUCCUCCAUACAGAAGGUGGUUUUCCACAAGAUGUCUCCCAACGAGACCUUGUUUCUGGAGAGCACCAACAAGAUCUACAAGGACGACAUCUCCAGCAGCUCCUUCGUCAACUUCCAGAUCUGGGACUUCCCGGGCCAGGUCGACUUCUUCGACCCCACCUUCGACUACGAGAUGAUCUUCAGAGGCACCGGGGCUUUGAUAUUUGUCAUCGAUGCUCAGGAUGACUACGUGGAGGCUCUGGGUCGGCUUCACCUCACAGUGUCUCGGGCCUACCGGGUAAAUCCUGAGAUUAACUUCGAGGUGUUUAUCCACAAAGUGGACGGACUCUCAGAUGAUCACAAGAUCGAGACCCAGAGAGACAUCCACCAGAGAGCCAAUGACGAUCUGGCCGAUGCGAGCUUAGAGAAGCUACAUCUCAGCUUUUACUUGACGAGUAUUUACGACCACUCGAUCUUUGAGGCCUUCAGCAAAGUGGUGCAGAAGCUCAUCCCUCAGCUCCCGACUCUGGAGAACCUCCUAAACAUCUUCAUUUCUAAUUCAGGGAUAGAAAAGGCAUUUCUGUUUGAUGUGGUCAGUAAGAUCUACAUCGCCACAGACAGCUCUCCCGUCGACAUGCAGUCCUACGAGCUCUGCUGUGACAUGAUCGAUGUGGUCAUCGACGUCUCCUGCAUCUAUGGCCUGAGGGAGGACGGCAGCGGCAGUGCGUACGACAAAGAGUCGAUGGCCAUCAUCAAGCUCAACAACACCACUGUGCUGUACCUGAAAGAGGUCACCAAGUUCCUGGCCCUCGUCUGCAUCCUGAGAGAAGAAAGCUUCGAGCGCAAAGGAUUGAUAGACUACAACUUCCACUGUUUCCGGAAGGCCAUCCAUGAAGUGUUCGAGGUUGGCGUUUCCACCCAGCGUCCAAUGGGCUCCCAGGCUGUGGGCUCACCCUGCAAUAAGGCCGUUGCAUUGAACGGCACGCCGCGCAACACUGUCUAGACACUGAUGCAAAAUAUAUAUAUAAAAAAAACAAAAAGACUCAAAAAGAGGGUAGAGGAGAAGGAAAGACGAGAAAAGGGCCAGGGAGCAUGUAGAGGAGAGACUACUGAACUGAGGCUCCCUGGUGCGCCAAUCACAAUCCCUUUCUCCCAGCCCCCCCCCGAAGCACUGAGAGACGGCUGGAGACCAGAGAGUGUGGCAGCAGCACUGGAUCACUGACAGGUCAGACUUCCUCUGUUGUAAAGGUGGAAGAGGAAGUCGGGUGAUCGGUUUCAGGAAAAACCGCCGGCUGUGAGGAAGUCGAGAGAGUAAAACUGCACCUUGACAGGAAAAAAAACGGUUGCUCGCCCACUCUCUCGCUCUCUCUCUGGAUUUCCUAAAGCGGUCACAGACUGUGAUAUUUAGCUGCUGGUCUCUGUGCGAACAAUGUGAGGAGGGAAAACAAACCCCUUGUCGUAACCUCUUGCUAUGGACGAGCUGUGAUGACGGCGAUCUGUCUCGUUAUGAACACACACACCACCCCCCCCCCCCACCCGACCACUUCUGUGCUGAUUUAAAAAAAAAUGGAAAAGAAAGGAAAAAGAUGGUGAAUGUGAACUGCUAGUCCUCCUAACCCACACAUGUUCAGAGAUGGCCUUAUGUAGACGAAGCUUGACCCCAGUGCAAGCUUCCUCUCUCCACCACUCACCUCACCCUACCUGUAUGCUGCCCAAAACUCGCUUUUUGGUUUCACGCGUGAAGGGAAAACAAGUUUUUGUGAGCAGUCUGAAAAGGGAUUGUGCUGUCGAUUUAACUAACUUGGUCUUGUGUGUGCGAAUGUUGAUACCCGUGUGUGUGUGUGUGUGUGUGUGUGUGUGUGUGUGUGUGUGUGUGUGUGUGUGUGUGUGUGUGUGUGUGUGUGUGUGUGUGUGUGUGUGUGUGUGUUAGGUUGUGCGUGCGUGUGCGUCAAUGAAAGGUUUUGAUUAGAUCCCAGACUGGGCUCCUUGUUUGUACUGUUGAAGAACUGAGUAUUCGUCCUUCUGCUCGAUAACAGCAGCUUAGCGUAGUUACACUCUCUUCGAUCAGUGGAAGUAACUUUCCUCUUUUGUGCUUCGGUGAAAAUCAAAAUACUUGAUUGGCUCUCUGGUAAGUUUUGCUUGAAAUUUGGAAAAGUCUUUGCAAAAGCACUGCCACGAUAAACAAAUGAUUCCGAAAAAGUGACAUAAUAAAAAUAGAAUAUCAUGAUUAAACUAUAUAUUUUUUGCCACCUAAAGUAAAAUGUAUUGGGUCAGGCUGAUGUGCAGGACUGACGGAGGCGCUCACGCUCCAAAUCGACGUUUUCAUGAUAUUAACCAGUUGAAACUUGCAUGUUUUUUGUUUUUUUUCCACCUUCAGUUUCAGCUCUGCUCAAAAAUGAUUAACCUACGUUCUGUGUUUAGUUUGGCUCUGAUCAGGAGGAUUGACAGAAAAACGAAAUGUACCCAGUCCAAGCAUGCAUCCGUCAGUGUGUUGUCCUUAAACACAGCUUAUCGUACUCAAAGGUGAGAAACUAAUCAUGACACACAAAGGAGGACAGAAAAAAUUCUAAUUUACUUUGGCCAUGUAAGACGUUCAUGCCUUCAUCACAAACAAACUGCAGAAACUGGACUCACAAAUGUUAUGUAGAAAACUUUGCUGAGUGAAUCCGAGCAGUGUUUUGGUUUUUACUCGGCAAACAACUCUUCUUCAUUAAGGGCCCCGAGAUCUUCUCAACCUUGUCAUUUAUCAGUCACCUGAAAAUAAAACACAUGCACAUCAGAAGCUUGAUGGAUGAUUGAUUUCCUGUAUUGUGAGCUAUACCGUGUGAAAUAAAUGAAAUUUUAAAUUUU